AAGAAAUUUUCUUAUUCCCAGUUUUUAUGUUGAAUUAGAGCGUAUUAAACAUGCUAUGUUGUUGGGUGGAAGAUCCAUAUUCAGAGGCAUUCAAACUGCAUCUCCCAAGAAUUGCAGAUUACUUAUGGGUUGCUGAAGAUGGCAUGAAAAUGCAGGGUUACAAUGGGAGUCAGUCCUGGGAUACUGCUUUUGCUGUCCAGGCAAUUAUUUCUACUGUUCUUGCCGAGGAGUCUGAUGCUGGUCGUGUCCUUGCUGGGUCAGUUAUACUUUGCUUUCAGGUGUUAGAGGACUGCCCUGGAGAUCUAAAUUUCUGGUUUCGUCAUGUUUUAAAAGGUGCUUGGCCAUUCUCAACUGCAGAUCUUGGAUGGCCUAUAUCUGACUGCACAGCUGAAGGAUUGAAGGUAUAAAUAAUGAACACGCUGUGGCAAACUUCCUAUUGUGACAAACAUUACUAAACUUUAUUGACAUCU